UUUUGGACCUCCAUCUCCACGCUGCAUGGAAUGAGCUCAAGCACCAAUGUAGAGGUUUCUCCUCCAUCCCUCGACAAAGGGAAACGUCGAGCCCAAGAUACAGAGCCCACAGAACGAACACCUCUACUCAACUCCCAAUCCUCCUCCGUUUUACUUGACUCCCAUGACCCACCACCUGCCGUUGCAAGACGGCGGCUUCGGUCAAAACUAACAACCGUCUUCCUCGUCUCUCUUGUUAUUACAACACUCGGGGCCAUUGGGGUCGGCAUUUUAGCUUGGACAUACGCCUCACGGGCUUCCCACAUCUCCACAGACGACAUUCUCACCGAGGGACUCGUCUUUCGCGGGCCAGACCGAGUCGACGUGCUCAGCAUCUCCCCACAGGGUGGAAUAGCACUCAGAGUUGGCGGGCGACUGGGCUUUGAUGCUGGAGCUGUCCUAGGCGUGUCUGCGGAAUCGGACGACACAUUGUUUGGCGAUAUUUGGAAAGCAGUGGGUCGCUGGGGUAUUCGUCGACUCAACAGAGUGGCCGUAAAUAUGAGCACUAUUGCUCUGGUUGCAGGACACGUUGUGCUUGCGACCGUGGAACCAUCUCCCGUCGUCAUUCCUCUCACAGCCAGUCCACCAAGCGAUUCCAGUUGGCUCACACCAAUAUCGAUGCCGUUGCUUAUUCGGCCGACCACAAAUACGACUGCCUUGAUCGAAUUCGUUCGGGAGUCGUGGCGGGAUGGCUGGGCGGUAGUGAGAGCGGAUGUGUCAAAUGUCGAUGUUCGUGGCGGUUUUUUUGGGGAGGGAAAUUGGCGGGCGUGGCUGCACAAGCAGCUUUCGGACGUGAAGACGCAGGUGCGAAUCGAAAUUCCACCAAUCCCUGGCCUACCUCAUGGUCCUCUUCCUCGUCUUUCGGAUCUCAUUACGCUUCAAUACUUCUCAUUACAUUCUACCGAACGAGCCACGCUAGAGCUUAAUGCCUUGGCAACUGUCCCCAAUCCCGCACCACCUUCCUUCAAUCUGACUUCACCGUCACUCCCAUUCACAAUCGCAUUACCUUCCAACAUCUCGAUGACAGGAGCUCCCAUCGCGUCUGUUUCGACUCUACCCUUCACGCUCACACAUCCGAAUAUCUCCCUCGCUAUUCAAGGCAAUGUUCUGCCUCUCUCGACACAAGCAACACCACUACUUUCAACAUUCUUGUCGCGUUAUCUUUCUCGCCAAAACAACCCCAUCCUCGUCUCCACGCCCCUCAUUGAAGGUCUCUCCAUUGACCUCGAAUUUCCGGCGCCGAAUCCUCCGCCACAGGUCCUGCGAAAUGUUACCAUACACGACAUGUCUAUCAAGCCAUCCGGGACUGUAGUCACUGCCAGCGGCACUGUCGAUGCGCGAAUCGUGUUGCCAAAGGGAAUGGACCUGAAGCUGCAUGUAGGCAGAGUGUUCGCAGAUGUGUUGGUUUUUGAUGGAGAGGUACCUGACGGAGCCGAGUUUCCCUCUUCUCUGGGCGAGCCAGACGAAGAUGACGAACAUCCCCUCCCGCCAGCACCGCCGUUACCAAGCCCGCUACCCCCUCAUGCAUUCGCGCGCAUCCGGCCGGAGGAAUGGCUGCCUUCGCAGAGCGGGCCUGUGGAGUUAUCAGACUCGGGUUCUCUCUACGCUAUCUCUGCCCACCUUGUGGAUGUCCCGCUAGAAGUGCUACCCGGAAGGCAGAAGGAGUUCAGCGGGUUUGUCUCCAAGGUGGUGUUUGGCUCGGGGGACGGCGCGACAGCGGGGAUAUUGGGUGUCGGUGCGGUGGGGGUUGAAGUUGCGGGACUGGAACUGCAAGCGUCGCGUGCUGCUCAGGCGCGGGAGAUGGAGUUGACGGGCCUACCGUUCCGGGGAAGUGUGCUGGUGGGGAAGAAGGCUAUGCGCCGGGGCGGGCUAUUGGGCUUGGAUGUAGGGCUGGGGGAUGCGGUGAAUAAGUCAGAGGAAGAGCUUGGGAAGGUGAGGGAGGAAGUGAAGAAGGCUGUAAGGAGGUUGCUUGGGAAAUGGACAUGA